AGUUGGGAAAGCAACGUCUUUCCUCGUUCCCUAUUGAGAUACUACGUCACACGCGGAAGUGAUUUUGUGGAGAAUUUGUGCCAGAAAAUGCAAGUUUUCGAGUUGCCGCGGUGAGAAAAGUGAGUGUCGUCGUUAGCCCGAAUGUUCCUUCAAAGUCCGGUGAUCGCGGUGAUACGAAAAUAACGAAGGAAGUAGUCGCGCUCCGGCGAAUGGCCGAUUGAUUUUCAAGGUGAUAACCAUCAGACGCGAGCGGAUGAACGGCUUUGACGCUUCGGUACGAAAAAAAAAAAUACCGCAGCCCAAGUGCUGACGCGAGGGUCAGAUGAGAGUCCUGUUUCUGUUUCCUUUGAACAAAUAAAGGCAAAAGGGAGAGAAAGAGAAGAGAACACGAAAAAAAAAUAUAUAUAUAUAUGUAUAUAUAAAAAAAAAACUAAAAACUAAAAACAAAAAAAAAUUUUAGUGCAAAAUCGGGAUAUAAAGAGAGAAAUCAGAGUGUGCGAAGGUGUGUACUGCCGCCAGUGCGCAAAAAAAAAAUAAAAAUAAAAAAAGGAAAGUGGGAAGGAGAAGCGAGAGAAACCGAACUUCGCUCUUGCGUUCGUGAAAAUUACGGAAAAAAAAAAAGAAAAAACAGAAAAAAAAGAGUAAAAAGUAAGGGGUGCUAAGGAGGCAGAAGAGAGAACGCGGUAUAUAUAUAUAUACACACAUAUACUCCUCUCUUCGCUUGUCGAUGUUCGAGUCGUAGUCUCGAAAUCUCUUCUCGAAACCGGUCCCCGGAGAUAUUCGCGAUUGUUGGUUCGUGUUCUCGUUCGUUCGUCGCUCGUUCUCUGGUACGUACGUACAAUGACCGAAACGGUGUCGCGGUUUGAUCGUUCGCAAAUUCGCGCGACCUUGACGUAUCAUCAUUCGUCCAUUCUUUCCCUUGAGAAAGGAGGGAAGGAACGUGAACGGUUCUUUCGUCGUCAUUUCGACGAAUUGUCAUCGCGGUCGUCGUCGUCGUCGUCGUCGUCGUCGUCGUCGUCGUCGUCGUCGUCUGACUCGAGAAACAAGAACGUUUCGUCCAGGCACCGAUUAGGCCGGACGGUACGCUUAUAUACUCGUGUAUCUUUGACGACGAGCCCGAGGAUCGUGCGGUCUCACUCGCUCGCUUGAUUGCGGUUGCGAUUGCGCGCGCGCGCGCCCACGCGGCUAUUCGGUACGGAAUACCGAACGGCAACAUCGCACUGCUCCCGAGGCGGCGCGCACUUUGUGCAAGUUCGACGGUUGUAAUAGCGGACCGACGGUGAGACGACGGCGGAACGGCAAUGGCGGCGAUAAUGGCAAUGCAUUGUAAACAACAACAACGACAAGUGCCGAUAUAUGUGUGUGUGUGUGUGUAUACACACAUAUAUAUAUACAUAUAUAUGGCUUAUUACCAAUUUCUUCUUGUCGAUACCGCCAAGAUGAUGCGCUCGCUUCAACGACAAUGCAUUUCUAGACUUUCUAUGUCCACCAACUGUUCAUACGUACGACUGCUCAUACGUCCGUCCGUCCGUCCGUCCGUCUAUCUGUCCGUUCGUCAGUUUUUCCGUUCGUGCGAUCUAAAAACUCGCUUCUCGAAGCGUUCGAAAGUUCAUACACGCGCGCGCAGCGUUAUAUGGAUCGUGGAUCGAAGCGUACCACACGAUUCUGGACAUACGGAGAGAGUGGCGAUGGCCAAUCAACCGUUUAGGCAGCCCAACGCAAAGAGACGAGCAUUGGUUUACUCUCGAGAUUCUACGGCAAUUAGAUCAACGUGCAUAUUCAUUAUUGCAGCCGUAUUACUGUCAUGUUCUGAAAUCUAAACUGUGAUUUCACAGGAAGGAUUGGGAUCGUCGUGUUGAAUUGUUUUUACAUCCUCUAUAUCUUCCAAAAAUAUUCAUUAAUUCAGUGAUGUCACGAGACUAUGAUAGAAGGAGAGGAGGCAGUGGUAGCAGCUCGAGCAAACUUAGGAUGGACACUAGCGUCUCCCAGACUAGACCACAUGGUGAAAGUUCGAGCAAACGGAGGGAAUUAGAUACCGUCAUGCGAAAAGCUCGUGAGUCUCAGUCGAGCUAUUGGAAUAAAAAGCUUUUGGAAGUAGAAGAACGUGAUCCGAAUAGAUGGCGACACAGUGGAUAUAAAGAACUUUAUGUCGGAGGUACAUCAAGUGGAGAACCAAGUAGAAGUCAUCCUCGUAGUCCAAGAAGUCCUAGACCAAGAAGUCCUCACAGCCCACGACCACGUAGUCCUCGUGCUAGAAGCCCUAGAUCACCACGAGAACGUUCUCAUACAAGAGGAAGAGCUGCGAGAAGUCCUAGUACAGGGAGUACCUGCUCGGAUAGAUCAUGUUCCGUCUGUUCACCGAAAGAACGUCGUCGUAUAGCACCACCAUCUCGUUCGCGUUCAAGAUCAAUAACACCGGUACGUGCGCGUGCACAUCCUAAAGAGGUUGUACCUUCGAGUUCACGUGCUCUGCCACCUCGAACUAGACCAAGAUCACCACCUUUACCACGUCCGCGUACACCACCCCCAGCACCUCAACCUCCACCGAGACAUCAGAAGGAUUAUAAGGCUCUAAAAGAAAAAGAAGCCAAGGUUAGACGCAAGGAGAAACAUCAUAGCAGAUUGCCCGAGGAUCCGCGUGUUCCUGAUCCUCUACCAUUGAUGCGCAAACCUGUAAAAGUAGAAAAAACACAUUCGAGCCAUGGAGCACCGCCGAUGAUGCGUCAACCACCGGACUCUUCACCUAGUGAAGAUAGCGACAGUUCUUCUACAGCAUCCCAUGUAGGACCACCGAGAAUGACAUUAUCCGAACGAUUUGGUAAAAUGGCUCAAUGGAGCGUGGAUCGUAGAGAUAUGGAAAAUAUGCGUAUCACUAAAGAUGGAGAAAAUGCUAUGAAAGUUGUAAUAGAGGGUGAAGAAAGAAUCGCUCGAUUGGGUUACGAAUCUCCACCUCCUGGACAUUAUCCUGAAUCAUUAUUAGCUCAAGGACCAAGAGGUUUAGAAUGUUGGGACGACGUACGAGUUCGAUACGAUUAUUACAAAGCAAGAGGAUAUUUACGAGACCUUACUUUAGAUGACUACAUCAAAUGGGAAGAAUGGUGGUACAAAUACCAGGAAUGGUUAGAGGCAGAACGAUUUUACGAACAAUGGGCCUCUUCUAAUCGUUCUUCCGGAGGAGGCCGCAAAAGACGAGGACGACGAAAUAACGCCGCUCACUAAUAAAAAAGAAGAAAAAAAAGAAAAAGUUAAUAAUAAUAAUAAUAAUAAUAAUAAUAAUAAUAAUAAUAAUAAUAAUAAUAAAAAGGAAUUUAAAAAAAUCUAUAUCAUUGCGCUACAGCUUGUUGUUUUCGAUUCACACAGAACCUUGUCAUAAAUAUAAAUUGUAUACACUGUUGUAACAUUUAUCGCGCUUAGUAUACAAACAAGUAUACAAUGUAUACAUGUAUUUUUCAUUAUUUACACAGCAGAUACAGACAUAUAUUACACAGGCAGGUACAGGCAUGUAUUACGCGUACACGUGAUAAAGGCAUAACUCUGCUCUGUGAAAGCCUUUCGUUUUAAUAAUAAAGAUAGAAGGCGAAUUGUAAAAACAAAUUUAUGCCUAUUAACAAAACUAUAUAUAA